AUGGCCCUGGUCCUGCAGCUGCUGCCUCUACUGCUGGCCAGGGCCCAUGGGGACGCAGGGGCUUCUCUGGUCGGCCACCCUGGGGACCGGGUGAAUCUCUCCUGUGCAGGAGUCUCAUACCCCAUCCGCUGGGCCUGGGCACCCAGCUUCCCCGCCUGCCGAGGCCUGUCCAAAGGCCGCCGCCCAAUUCUGUGGGCCUCGGCCAGCGGGAUCCCCACUGUGCCGUCCUUCCUGCCCUUCGCUGGCCGCCUGCGUUCCCUGGACCCAGCUGUCCGCCAGCUGGAGCUGCUCCUGAGUGCAGGGGACUCGGGUAUCUUCAUCUGCAAGGGCCACCAAGAAGAAGAGAGCCGCACGCUGCUUCACGUGGUGGGGGACACGGCUGAUUGCAGGACCUCGGAGCCCAGUCACGGAUCGGUGUUUCUCCAGGUGGUCAUCCCUCUGCUGGGUGCGGGUCUGGCGCUGGGUGUGGGAGCUCUGGGCGUAGUUUGGUGGAUGCGCAGGCGCGCGCCCCCGCCCCCGCUCCCGCCACUGCCCACAUUUGCUCCAUUUGCGAAAGCAGAGUCCCAGACGCCCACGGAGGAAGGGGAGCAACCCGAGAUUCUGGGGGACCUGGGCCAGGAGGAGCCGAGCCUGCUGUACGCAGAUCUGGACUACAUGGCUCUCAGGAGGCCCCGCCGGCUGUCCUCGGUGGUCCCUGCUGACGCGUCCACUGUCUAUGCGGUUGUAGUUUGAAGGGCAGCCCUUAAGCCAGCCCUCCAGGGUGCUUCCCACCUGCUCUUUUUCUUGGCCUUUCCCCUGGAAGAGGGAGCCCAGAAAUCAGGAGACCCGAGUUCCAGACUCUGCCACAGAUGUCGCUCCUUCGGUUUCUCCUACAACCUCCAGGAUUCCUUCACCACCAGGGUCUUCUCUGAGCCUGACUGAGCCCUGGCUCCCAUCUGUCUCUCCAGAAUCACAGGCUGCCAGUGAUGUCCUCCUCAGCGCCAUUCUUUAGCAUUCAUCUGGCUUGGCUUUGAUCACCCCCUUCUUGAAGCAGUUUUACUUUGCUGCUGCUGUCUUCAUUCUGAACUCCUCAUUCCCUGGCCCAGCAAUAUGCCCCACAGGUCUAGGUUUGUUCUUUUCUUUUUAUCCCUCUUCCCAAAACUUCUAUCCACAGCCCAUCUUCAGGCCUCAUCUUUACAAAUGGCCCCCAGAAUUUUCUCCUGCCCAGCCCUAGUACUGUGCAUCUGGCUGUCCCAGGCAUUUGGCACACAUGUCAAACCCAACUCAGGGUCUCUUGAUGUAGAACCAGCUGACUUUGAACUCCCUAUGUCACCCAGGCUGGCCUCAAACUCAAUCUUCCUGCGUGCGCUUCCUGAGUGCUAGAUUGCAGGCCUGAGCCACCAGGCCUGGCCCCUCCUCUGGAUUCUCCUCCGAACAACCCAGUUGCCCAAACCAGAACCUGGGAGUCAUGCACACCUCCUCCUCCUCUCACUCCCACACAACGAGCCAUCAAGUCUUAUCUUUCCCCUUAAGGUCACCACAAAUCUACACCUAUCUCCAUGCCCAGAACUGACACCAUAAUGUACUUUCCCGAUUUCCCUGCCCUCUUGGAAGCCAGGUAGACUUUCCCCAAGUACUAACCUGCUCCCCGCAGCCUUCUUUUGGAAGUUCAGUGUUUAUCUCCCUACCCUUCCCUUCUGUUUCCUGGGGUUUUAGUACAAGGUACUGCAGUGAUUUUUUUCACACAUUAGCUUUUUUUU